AUGCUAUAUAGUCUGUUCAGGUUUUUAAUAUCACUCUUGCUCUGCAAAAGUUCAAAUAGACAACGGGAAACAAAGAAACAACCUUUAGUUUCAAAAAUGUUUAGAAAUAAAGUUUAUUCGCUAUUUGAGGUGCUCCACGAAGCGGAAUUCGUGAGUUGGAGAGGCCUUCUGACGCGAAUCGCAGUCACUCCGUACGAUCAGCGGGAUAGUUGGCGUUUCCGAGCAGCACGGCGACUAGGAGUUGUCUUCCUCAACGAAGAGGAAACCGAAGAGAAAAAGAAAAAGUUAGAUAGUUAUAGCUGAUUCACGGCUGGCUUGAGCCAUCGAAAAAAGGUUCCUGACACGAUAAUGCACGAGACAGUGCCUGGCUCGUGGAGAGCGCAGACAGGCCACGUCCCUUAGCGUCCCAAGCUAGCUAUGGAUCAGCUAUAUCUUGUUCAAUAACACGAUUUUUCAGAAAAGAAAACAUUUCGGUCCGCGAGAAACACAUGUGUUUUUGGGGCUUCAAGUUCGAGCAGUACAUGACCGUUUCUGAUAAAGAGGUCUGCUUUUCUUCUGAAGCCCCAGAAUUCGAGGGAUGCGAAAGUAGCUCCUUCAAAAACUAUAAAAUUUUGUUUCAAAGGAAGAUGAAAUGUCGCUCCCUGGAGCGGUAAUGGAACAUGUAUUAGGUAGAGCCAGCAAGCAAUUUAUGAAUUAUAACUUUCUCAGAUAUUUUAAAACCUGUAGGAAAAUUUUUACACAACCACAUGAGCAAGAUUUAUGUUCAUUAAGAUAGUAUUUAACUCUUUUUUUAAAUCAAGCUAUUUAGUGUGUUCAGAAGUCAAAUUUGAUUCGAGAGUCAAACUCUAAAAAUAAUGCCCACGUUGCGUAUUUAAGAAAGUUCAGGAAAUGCCGGAUACAAAACAACCAGUCAGUAACCGGGAAGAGUUUGCCAAUGUGAUACGGUCGAAUCUGAGAGCAGAUGAUGGCGGAAACUUGAAGAUGCUCUACAGCGCCGAAAUCGACUGUCUCGAUGACCGUAAUGCGACUUCUUAUCAUUUCGUUCGAUGAAAAUGUUGCGCAGAGGGACUUCCAGUCGAGUUGAAAACGCACAAAGGGGCCCUGGAAGGAUGGUUUUGGGAAACAAAGAGCUUGAAGUGGUGGAUGCAGUCGUUUCUGGUUGCUGUUCCGCGGAUUGUUGUCGGACAUCGCAACGAUCAAGGAAUUGUUAGAACAGUUCGUUGAAAUAUUCAUUUUUUAAUCAGCUAUCAAGGCAGGGCAUGAGCUCACAAGGAGACUCAAGUAAGCCUAACUAGGGAACUACUCGGACUCGGGUACGCUUUUCGAGUUGAAACUUUGGUGGCUCAUAGACCCGGGUAAGAGUACUUGAAAAUAAGAGAGAUUAUCUGCUAAACCCCACAGGCUUCUGAGGAAAAGCUUUUUGAAAAUGAACAGUUUAGGCUUGAAAAUUAUCAAAUUUCUGCUUUUCUUCUUCUUUUGGCUGCAAAAAAGUUUUUUAGAGUUUAUCAUAGCCGGAUCAUUCAAGGCGAUUGUAUUAAAAUAUAAAAUAAGGUGAAAAGCUGUAUUCUGAAAAAAAUUUCAGGCCUAAUUUUUCACAUUUUCUACUAAUUUUUUUCUCAGUUCUCUCUCGGGUUUAGCAGAUAUUCUCUUUCGUUUUCAAGUAUUCUCUCUUAUGUCUAUAAACCACUAAAGUUUGAACUCAAAACCCGUACCCGAGUCCGAGUUCCCUAGUAAGACAUAGCUUCUGAUUUUUUUUUUCCAAAAUAUUCUCUUCUUCCUCUUCCUGAGAAGCUUGAAAAUGUUACCCGAGAUCAAAAACGAUCUUCAUAAGUUAAGCUUUUUUUAAAAAUUCAUGCAUGCUCUCUUGCUUUCAUACGGUUUCUCAAAUCUUGCCGGGACCAUUGCCUUGAAGUUUCACUUAUCUUUAAAACUGCGGCAAGCAGUCAGACUUGCUCCCAAGUCAGCGCCUAACUUGUAUGUCAGCUUCCGCUCUGUAAAUAUCUCACCAAUUCGAAAGUGCUUCAUGAAGAAAGUUUGAGGUGGACUCGAUUGCGACAGAAGCGCUUGUAAAGCGUGGGAAAUGGAGCGGGUCGGUCUGCAUGCGGUUUCUGUCGCGGAUACUCAGCGAAGUGCGUAAUUUGCUCGUCGAGGAAGGUUCUGCGUGCACUGUCGAGUUCAAAUCGGACGGUCAAGUUGUGAUUCUCGGUGCCUCUUACUCUUCUUGCAAUUAUUUCUUACCCGAAAACUUUCUUCGUAAGUUUUUUUAGUUCUUUAAUUUUCCUUAUCGUCAUUUUUUUUUUCUUGUAAACUGCUUUCCCAUUAAGUUUUGAUUUCAAGUUUGAGAAAAAUUGUGUCAGUUUGUAUCUCUUUUAUCACUAAACCAUCACAACCUUCGUUCUUUUAUGCGUUCUGCUUCGGCUCCAAACCAUUUCAGGAAAUGAAACUUCAUUAUUGAGUUUACAUAUUCAGAAAAAUGAUUUCAAAUCCAGAAAAGUUUCGAAAACUUGUAGAACAUUGCAGGGCCCUGAGAACGAAAAAAGAUCAAGUCAAAAAAAAAUGAUCAACUGUUUGACCUGCCUUUUUAGUGAUGUAGAACACUGCAUGACCCUGAGAACAAAAAAAGGUCAAAUCAAAAAAAAAGAUCAACUUUUUGACCUGCCCCUACAGAAGGGAAAACUACGAAACUUUUAUAUACGUUUAUUUCUUUGUACAUAGAGUUUCGUUCAUUUCGAGUAAUUUUUCUUUCGCGAUAUCACUUAUUUCCUUCUACAUUCUUGUGGAUUUCUAUCUUUUACUGUCAAUGAACUCUCAAUAACUCGAUGAGCGUUAAAACCUUUGGAAAAACCGAAUUUAAAGUCGUGGUGUCAGUGAUUUCACUUUUACUUCCUAACGUUUCAAUUUUUAUCACUCAUUGGUAUUUUUCGUGGCUAGAGGAGAUCAAGACGGGGGAGUGACUUUGAUACUCGGAAGCCAGGUGGCCGUAGUGGUUUUCCACGUCUUGUAUCCAGCGUCGGCCUUUUGGUGCUCCUGUCCCUUGUGGUGGUCUGGGUCUCGACGGAACCCCCGUGAAAAAGACGCUCUCUCGCGACAUCCACUGCCGCAGCUGCACCAGUCAGUCCCUCCAUUCUUCCUCCCCUUUAGGAGCCACCACCAAGCGUCGUCGUGUUUACGUCCACCUACACUUUUUUUUAAGGUUCUGGGUUUUCUCGGCUAGUUAUAUUUAAAUAGUACUCUAUAUAAUUUUUCAAUCUUUAUAAUACUUCAACCUCCACAUUAGCCUGAAAAUAAACGAACAUCGUGCUUUUUACUUGAUAUUUUUUCUUAACAUCAAACAAGCUUAUCAAAGUUUUCUUGUAUUCCUAGGAAUGAUAACUGGGAAAAUUUUUUUAUACUUUGCAAAGUUGUUUUUCAACACACAUUUUUUCGAACUUUCUUCUACUAAUUUAAAAUUCUAUUUAAUAUUUUUCUUUCUACUGUUUAUCAAUUUUGUCCAUUUUUCUUUAUCCGAUUUUCGAUGCCUGUUCGAUUUCUGAAUAGACUCGACUCAAUUCUUUCAAACUUUUUUUGAAAUGAAAGUUUUUUAGAUUUUAUUAAAAUGUAUAUUUCACCGAGAAGCAACAGAUCUUGUUCUAGAUGACCGGUUUACCUGGAAAUGUGAGUUUUACUUCUUUUUUUCUUGAAUUUAUUUUUUUAAUAUAAAAUAGACCAUUACUAGUUCACUAAGCGGAUUAUAGCAAGGCUAGAACUGUUUUUGAGACGGCUUUUCAAUGGAAGAGUGACCCAUCCGCGAGAGAAACAGAUGGUCGUAGGGUCUCGAGUGAAUGGAGCGAUGUCAGGGGAUUAGCACCACUUAUACAGUCACUCGAUGAAAAUUUCGUGAUUUUUGACAUUAUUGAAUCAAGAAGAGAACGAUCUCAUUAAUUUCCUGACACUUUUAUUUUAACACUUUUAUUUUUACUUUUUGCGCUAAAUCCAAAAUUGGCUCAAAUGAAAUGAAAUUUUUUCACAUUUUCUGUUUAAUAUAAUUUUGUAUCAUAAGAAGAUCUUAUUGAGAGUGCGAAUUCUCAGAUGAAUGCCGUGAAAGCGGAAGACAUCGAACACGUCCUACGAGACGGAGUCGCGCUGCUGCCAGGGGGACGCUGCCGAGCAGGAAAAGCUGUCCUGGUAUUUCCGUCUCGAGAACAACCCGUAAACCCGGACCAUCUCCGCAAUGUCCUCCUCUACCUCCUCACAGUCACUGCGUCUGUCGACGGCUCUAUUCUGAAUUCCUUCGUUUGUUUGCAGAGAUGCUGCUCGGGAGCAAGGCUUCUUGGUCGUCAUCGACAUGCGCGGCAAGCAAACCUGGACCAAUGUCCGACCGAUCCUCAAGGCUCUAAAUGUAAUCCAUUCUCCUGCUUUUUUUUUCCCCCCAAAGCACGUUUUUGUAGAGCAUGAGUGAUGCUGCAGCAAUCUCGCAAGUUUUCAUCAUCAAACCGGACAAGUUCUGGGAGAAGCAGAAGGUACUGUUCAAUACUCUCCUUGAAUAAAUUCGAAAAGCUGUCAUUUUUUUGAUUUUUUUAUAUUAUAUAUUCAAACAAGUUCUCACAAAUCCGCAGUAUGCAGGGUGAAAAAAAUAUUACUUCUUACGAAUUUGGAAUCUCAUUUUUGGGUUCAAAGUUACAAAAUCGUCCUCCAAGAACUAUUUUUUUCUUUUUAACUAUCGGAAGGAAAGUUAUUUCUCAAAAUUUUUAUUUUUUAAUUUCCCACCCGGAAUUUCCCACAGUGUUUGAGUUUAUAAAAUUCAAAUACUUUGGGUCAAAAAUUUUUUUGUGUUUGAAAAUUUUCUCAACGCUGACAGAAAAAAAAGCCUUUUUCCACCAUUUUACACAGCUCCUAUGAAUUAUCAAACAUCUUGUAUAAAUCGUGACUUUUCCUUGUAUGACUGAGACGCUGAUUAAGGCUCAAAUUUCUCUGGGCUCCUGGCGCUUCGAGGUCCAGAUGAUAUCCCCGGAAGGUCUGACCAAGUAUGUCGACAUGAACCAGCUUCCACGAGUCAUCGGAGGCUCACAUCCGUACGACCACGACGACUGGCUAGAAAUUCGUCUUGUAAGUGACUUCUGGUCUGGAAUUACUUUCAAAUCACACUUAUAUCCUUUUUUUCCUAAAUGAAAAAUAAGUGGCAAAAAAAAACCAUUCCAGAGGAAAUAUCCAACCAAACAUUUUUUCAAUAGUUUUCGGUAGCGCUUGAACUGAAAUUUGGAGCUCCUUAUAAAUAAAAGCAUCCUCAGGGAUAAAGAAAAUCUGAAAAAUGCUUCUAAAAACGGAGUUUGAAUUGUUCUUCUUCAAUGUUUGAUUUAGGAUCUUGAGAAGUGGAUCUGGAACAUCAGCGAAGUGAUGGGUGGACUGGACCAAGUUCGAAAAGAGGUUCCAUUUUGUUUCUUUUGUAAAUAUUUUCGAGCUUCCGAGUUCUCUAUCUUUUAGGGAUCCCUAUGGAAAAUUCACAUGUCUGUAAAAUCUACUUUUUCCAUUUUCCAAAGUGUUUGCCAUAGUCAAAAAGCUCAUAUUUUUUUGAUUAUUUCCAAGUAUUUCUGUUUGAGAUAUGCGAAUGCGAACAGCCAGUGGAUGUGCCGACGUCGGAAGUUGCCGUCAACAAACACGCUGUCGCCAAAAAGACGAUUUUCGCCAUUCCUGUCGAUAAAAUCGAGAACGACGCGAAAAAAGUUGGUUUUUACAGAUACGAAUUGCAAAAAAGGACGUUUUUCUCAUUUACUAGGGAACUUUUUUCAGCCCCCGGUUGAAUUUUCGAUGAAACGGAAGUGUACCUUAGGACCUCCUGAUCCCAGAACAAGAAAAAACUUUUUCGCAAUAGAUCUGAUUUUCGAGUACGCAAAUUCUCAUAAGAAGCGCUAUUUCGAACUUUUGAAGCGUCUAAACUCGAAAAUAAGAUCUAUCAUGAAAAAUUUUUUUACUUGUUCUGUGUUCAGGAGGUCCCAAAGUAUACUUCAGCAAAGUUUCAUCAAAAAUUUAAUCAAAGGUAAAAAAUUUCCCGACUUAGUUUCCUCUCAUUCAAAUUCCGAAAUAUUUCAGAUAUGUGACAGGAUAAGCUCACCAAAGAAUUUCUUUCAAAAUCCCGAUUUGGUCGCAGUCAUCCCUCACAUAAGCAAUCUUGUUGAAUCUCUCCGGAAGCUGAAGUGACCUCAAAUUUAAUUCGAUGAAAAUGCCGUUUUCCUUUGCAGGAGCGAGGUUUUCUCGCUUUGGGACAGCCGACGUGGCGAGCUGGAAAAACUCUACCAGAUGAAGCUUUUUGAACAGGACGCCGAAAAGGUGCAGUUGUCUACCAUUCAAUUGAGAGUUUCAAGGUUUUACAGAUGAUCGACUUGGUCAGGUCGUACUGCACGGUCGUCGACCGUAACAUGGGUGACGUCGGGGUCUGUGAAACUGACGUCAUCCGCCUCAGCGCCGACUUUGAAAGUUUCCAACAGACCGUCCUGGUUCGUAUUGCAGUUGGUAUUGAUCAUGGAGUCCAGUUUCAGGGGGCCGAGGUCAACGUCUCCCAAGUGAUAACGCGCGCUCAGCGGAUCCUUUCAACGGGUUCAACAGGAAGAUCGAACGUUCGCUUUUUUCCGUUUCAUAAAAAAUCGGUGUAUUAAGGGUGAAAGAUGGGGUCAAAAACUAAUGUAGGUAUUUAAUCUUUUUUCGGAGUGAUGGUUACUUGAAACUCAAGGGUUUCUGCCUCUUAUAAUGCUUUUUAUUCUCAAAAAAAAUACUUGAAUUUUUUCACUUGUUAUUUUCUGAAUAGGCUUCGAUCAUUAAAUGAUCGUUUACUUAAAGUGAAGAUUUCUCGGAAAAUGUCUCAAGAGCAGUUAACUUUGAAAGCAAAUAACACAAUUCGUAGGAGAGUUUCAGAAAAUGAACUAUGGUCCUUGUGAGGUGUUUGUUUACAAUGGAGGUGUCUUUCGACUUCACUUUUACUCUUGAACUAUCGAUCUUGCCAAUGGCGGGAUCCCCUAAUGCAGUCCUUCUCGUAGAAUUCACCAGGAUCUUCCAAGCGGGGAAUUAUUGUCUUCAGAAUUCAAAACCAUUUCAGAUCGAAGUAGGGGCCAUGCGGCUGCAAGACGAGUGGCGACAUCUCAACGAUUCCAUUAAACGUCGGCAGAUCAUCCUUUCCGCAGCACGAGCUUUCUUCAUCUCCUCGCAAAAAGUAGUGAAUACGUAUGGCUUCGGGAUUCUAAACAUCUGUUCAGUACUUUGCGGAAGUUCCCGAGUGGACGGCCAAGCCGGGAGUCAAUCCUUCGGACGUGAUGUUGCAACCCGCAGACGCGCUAGAAGACGCCAUCAGACGGCACGACACCUUCUGGGUCCGCAUCGAAGAGAUCUAUGCGCAGGUCCCUAUUUUUUAUCGAAAAAGCAAAAUUAAUCGCAUUUUUUUUUCGCAACCCGGGAUGGUAUGGUGAUGUUGCAGGGAGGGAAAAAGACCACUAGGUGGAUUAACUAACCCCAUCUGUGAAGAAAAAAAUUUUAUUAACAUUUUUAUUUUACUCACUCAUUUUACCAGAGAAAACACUAGCGAGCAGAUCGAUUUUCUAGCAAUAUUCAAUGAAAUAACUCACGUCAAAUCCACUUCUUCAUUUUUCCUUUUGUUCAAGUAAAUGUUUGAGACAGUAUCUUGAGAUUUGAAAACUACUCCGAUGAAGCCGAAUCCUUGAAAAUAUGGCCGAAGUUGUGAAUCUAGCAAACUCUUGUUAGUACGUGAAGGUGUACUCUUAUUUCCACAACUUUGGAUUCAAAACAGCGCUUUCAAAGUGUAUUUCAAAAAAUAUAUCUACGUUCAGGCUUUUGAUGACGGAACGAAAGUGACCCAGGCAAUGAAAAGCGCCGAUGCGGAGGACAACGUGGCCAGAGAGCAAAUGGGACGACUAACACGAGCACAUAAGCAGCUUCACGAGAAAUGGCGAGAAAGAAAGGUCGGACACUUUUUGAAACAUUUCUCAUCGAAUCUCACGUCUAUGCAGGUUCUCUUGCAUCACUUGUUGGCGAUGAUAGCUUUCGAAACCGACGUGAAACUUGUCGUCGACUGGCUUGACCAACAUGGCGAACCUUACCUUUGUAAAAACGUCAAUAUCGGUUUGUGCUACUUUCUUGCCACUUGAGAUCUUCUUCUUUCCAGGAGAAAACGACGUGCAGGCCAAAACUCUUCAGAAAAACCAUGCCAACUUCAAAAAAGUCGCCGCAAAUACCUACGACAACGUCAAGAAGCUCUACCAAGUUUACAAAAAUAUUGUCGACUCUGGAAAUCGUGAGUUCCGAGAAUUUUUUUCACGUUAACCUCUUUCAAUAUUCAGAAAUGUGUGACGCUGAAAAAAUGAGAAAAAUGCAGACUCUCAUGUCGGACCUCGAAGUCCGGAUCAAUCAUUUCACUGUACGGGUAGAAACGAGGUGAGAAAAGUAAUAUAACUUCUGGUCACACAUUUCUCAAAGGUAUAACCUACUACGGUUAUCAGUGCUUUUCCACACACACUACGCCGAGCUGACUACGUGGUUUUUGGAUAUGAAGAGGAAGUAUGAGGAAAAAGUCGUGGACACGGACGUCGAUGUCUGUGAAAUGAACAAGGAGCGAUGGGUCGCAGAAAGCGACGGGACCGCCCAGGUCUUCUAACUUGCAGCAUUUUUCUCCUCUCUCAUUUAUUUCUAUAGUCAAUCCUUUCCGACUUAAAAGGCGAAGGAGACGCGUAGCGUGUGCGUACGCGGUUUUUGGCAAGAGUUGAAUUAAAGCGCCACCGAGUAUUUGAAAAGCUCGGUCACCGCUCUUUUUGUAUCUAUCCUAACAUUUUUAAUGCACAAAUAUAAAAAAAUCAAUAACGAAAUGAAAAGAGCUAUAAACGAGCUCUCCAAAUAGUCGCUGGCCGUUGAAUUGAACUCGUGCCAGGAACCGCGAACGCACACGCUACGCGUCCCGUCCUCUAUCCCACCUCUCUCGUCUUUCAAGUAGGGAAAAGUUGACUAUAUCCUCUCUUACUACGUCUAAAAUAAGAACAAGAGCUUUCAAAAAGGCCAAUUCUGUUACAUGACCCUGAUUGAAAAAGCUUACGGAUGCGCUUAAAAACGGAUGUUAGAAAAAAAAAAAAAUUGAGAUCAUUGCAAACUUUAAACAACCGCCUCGAUUAAGAUGAGAGAUUAUCGGUUCAGGCGUAUGCCAUAACUAUGGGCGAUGGACGGAAACUAUUGACGGAACUUCAAAGCGCUUCAAACACGUGUGAUAUCGAUUAUAGUGUCUCAAUAGCGCAUACUCAGAGGCUCAUGGAUGAUAUUGGUAAUAGAAACCUUCUUUUUCAACGCAAAAGCUGAUAUCAGACGAAAAAAACGCGUCUCUCUCCAACGAGUGGGCGCCACAGAGGAUAGUGCUGCAGAUCGGGUUGAAAUAUGCCCAGUUCGCCUUGAGUACGUCCCAGGUUCUGAUUCAGAUCCAGGUAAUCUUUCUGCCAAAAAUUUUUUAGUUUUAUUUAUCCUUUUCCCUCAGGGUUGGGAAGAAGAUAUGCGCGAAAUGGUCCAUUCGGAUACGUUCAUUGACAAAGUUGAGGCGGUUUCUCAGUUUCACCACGACAACCAAGAGAAGGUGCACGAAUUCAUCCUCUACGAAAUGAAUCAAGAAUGUUUCAGGUUCGAGUUGCAGUCAUCAACAUUCGUAAGACGGCUAAGGAGCUGCAGUUGGCUCUGCACCAGCACAGAAUCGUCGAAUUGACGACUAGGGGUGGCCAGAAAGUUAUGGAUCUUAUAUACGAGCACACAGCGCAUCUAGAGAGAUCCGAGCGACGAGUAAUGAAGGUUUUCCCUUGUUCCAGAGCCUUGCCGUCAUCUUCCGCUUGUAGGUAGCAGAGAAAACCACACAACGGAUAGAAGCAGCACGUGAUUUUUGUGCGUGUCGCAAGAAGGCGCUUAAUCUGAUUGCCCUGUGUGAACAAGAAGAAAGGCAACUUCUGGGAAGAGCUUCCAUCCCUCUGAACGGCAAAGAGGCCGAGUUCGCCAAGGAAAUGCUCAAAGACUUCCACAAAAAAAUCGAGGCAAGUUUCUCGAAAAGAUUCUCUUUUUUCUAAUCGCAUUCCCAAUGCGAAAUUUGUUCAAUUUUUCAACUUUAGAAGAGAAUCCGUUUUUUCAGAGCCGUCUCAGUGACCUUCUGCGCGCAUUUUUCAAGCAAACCUAUGAGAUGCUCGGAGAAGCCAAGUUUGACCGUGACUUGAUCGCCCAACUGAACGAGUUGGUGAUGAGGCAGCAUCGCCGGCUUUUCAACUUGUGCGACGAGAGACAUAAACUCCUAAAUGUGCCCUUGUUUCCAAAAGUUUCAUUGAACAUAAGGUUCAGGCAGCCGUUACCUACUACAAAAGCUACGAAGAAGGAGUCGUUCCGGUGGUUCAACACUUCUCCAAAGAUUACAGCCAAGUUUCAAUCGUGCACUGAAUACUAAAAAAGAUAUUCGUCGAUUCAGCCGUACAAGGAUUGGUGCGCUCAAUGCCCUUCAGAAUCUUCGGAAGAUAAAGCACAGUAUAUCGCCAACCUGUUAGCGAAACACGUCCAGUACAAAGAACGGUGAAAAUGUUUCUAUUUAAUUUCUAACCCAACUUUUGAAGGUUCAUAAAAGGAUGUGUUUUCUCACAGAAGAAUGCUGAUAUACUUUUACGGUAUAUUCAACGGACUAAUAUCAGUUCUCAAGAAAAGUACAGUUAAAAAUCAGAUCUUCUUCACAGCUUAUUUAUCUUGAUAGGAUGGCUCAUCAAGAUAGGAUUUUACAACUGAAGGACGAAACUCGUGACAGGCAGUCCAAGUACUUAGGUCUCUGGAUGAACAGGAAACUGGAGCUAGAUCUGUGAGUUGAUAGAAAAAACGGGAAGAAGCUAAAAGAAAAAAAGUUUAGCUGCCACAACUAUGUGUUGCUGGUCGCGAGCUCGAAACAUAUCUUGGACUGGCUCAAGGGGGAAGGAGAACAGAAACUGAUGGGGUACCGCAAGUUUGUGCAGAGUGGCGACGACCAACUUAAGAAAAAGGACGAAUUCAGCUCUUUCAAAAUUGAAGUUAAAGUGGGUUGUUUCUGGUUUUUUUAAGUUUUUCAUCAUUUGAAGGAAAAGCGGAAUCACGCCCAUGUAUUUUUGAAGUUUGCUAAUGAAAUGAAAGACAAAGAUCCAACGAGUCAACACGCCGAAGAUGUGGAUCGGUGUAUAAAAGAAGUUAGUUGAAAAAGGUGUUCAAGGAAUAAGAAUAAACCUAGCUGAGGGAUAAAUUCGAAAAGUUCUCAAAACGAGUCGCCGAGUGCGACGUUGUGUUUCGUGGUGAUGCUCCACAGUCUGCUGUGAGUGAGAACAAAAAAAGAAAAAUCAAAUGAGAAUAUUUAAGCGAAACGAGUUUUCUCUGGAUCGACAUUCUGAUAGCAGUAUCGAAGAGAAGUUUACAAGCGCACGAGAAAGUGAAACCAAAAAGAUGCUGUAAGUUGUUUUUCUUAUAAAAUACCAAAGUUGAACUGAAUAAAUAAUUAUCAACCUUAAAAUAAUAGAAAAAAAGAAAUUUACAUUAAUUGAGCGCUAACCUCGCGCCUGCGGAAAGCGCGCCCUAGUGAACUUUAAAGGGCCAGACGCCGAAAAAAAUUCAUUUUUUUAUAACUUUGACAGGCUAUAUACUCUCGCAGGCCAACAUUUUUGUACUUUCUAACAGGUGACUUAAUUUUUUACUUCGAGAAAUAGAUUCAAAUAAAAUUGUGAAAAAACGUAUUUCUUGGAUUUUUUGAAAAACCCGAGAAAAUUUUUGAAAAAUUGCGGGUUAUCUAUCUUUGCAGCUUGACCUCAAAAUUUCAUGUUAAUUAGUUUCACCUCAAAUUGAAUAAUUGAAACCAUCAUGAUUCUCUUCUGAAAUCGUUUAUUCAAGGCCGAAAUCUUUCCAGAGAGCCUAUGCGAGAGCUCAUAAAGUCGGAACGUGAUUACAUCGACGAUAUUGCUCGAUGUGUUCACGUUUACCUGAAAGAGUACGAUGAUGCGUUUGCGUCAAACACUCUUCCUCUUGCACUGCGGCCGUUGAGGAAGGAUAUUUUUAGCAAUAUCGACAGGAUCUACGAGUUUCACUCUCAGUAUGUUCACUAAGUAUUUUUCUAAUAAAAAAAUGUGUAUAGUUACUCAUAAUUUUAUACCUACAUUCUCUAUGAUUUUUUUCAUUCAGGAAAUUGUUGCAUGAACUUGUGAGGUAUGAAAUGCAGCCAGAAGCCGUUGGAGCUUCUUUUACUGUUUGGAUUGACCUUCUGAAUGAACUCUACACAGAAUAUUGCGUUAAUAAAGAGCAGAAAAAUAGUAUUCUGACAAUGCCAGAGUUUAAAACUUUUUUCGAUGUGAGUUUUCCGACAAUUUUUCCAUAUCUUUUCUUUUUUUGAUUCAGGGUAUCCGUUUGAAACAUGAGCUUGAAAUGCAUAAUGAAGUUGGAUCUCUAUUGAUCAAACCGGUUCAAAGGAUAACGCGGUAUCGCUUGCUUAUGGAACAGUUGCUUAAAACGUGUACUGGUAACACAGAUGAUUUACGGGUUUGUUUGUCUGUUUUUUUCGCAAGAGGAAAGUUUAUACCUGUUCAGGAUGCUUACGAUGUCGUUUUGAGUGUACCAAGGCGUGUAAACGACAUCAUUCAUUAUAACUGCUUAGACUUAAAAGACAGCAAGGUUUGAAAAUAAAGUUUUCAACUUUAUUUCAUGGUUUCAGGCGGACGUUUUGGGUCCUUUUGUUAUGCAAGACACUUUGACAGUGUGGGAGCCGAGAGCAUAUUUCAAAGGGCGUGGAAAAGAGCGACAAGUACUCAGUUUCAUCUAAUAAAGCUAUAUCUAAUAUGAUUCAGGUUUUUCUUUUCGAACUGAGUAUCGUAUUUGCCAAACGCAUUGAAAUCGUCGCCAAAAGCUUCAAAUAUGUGGUCAAGGGAAAGCCGAUACCGGUAGUUCAACUGAAUAAGUCGAGAGUUUCUUUUUUUCCUUUUGAAGCUUUCUGAAGUCUCGGUCGUGGAGCACGUCGAGGGGGACACUUCUCGGUUCGGUCUCCGUGUGGGAACCGUAGCCAGCAACGACAACCGCACGGACUUGAGAGCUUCCUCGGAAACUGUCAAAGUGUCGUGGGUGCGCAAGAUUCGCGAACUCACCCAGGGGCUUCUUUCCAUUAGUAAUUUUUUUUCUCAUUCUGGGUCUAAUUUUAGAAUCAAAUCUCUCACUCCUAAUUUCAUUUCAAAGCUCUUCGACUAUUAAGAAAGUGGUGCGAAUUAUAUUUAUAGCCCAUUCCGCGCCAGGUUUUCACGUUUUUUUUCCGCCAAAAAUACCGUAUAGAUCAAAUUUGACCAGCUUCGCUUUAAGACCUUGUUUCUUGCUGUUUUAAGAGCAGAAUUGCAAAAAAAUGUUUUUAUAGUAGUCAUUUUUCUCUGCUGUUCUUUGAAAAAAAUGACUGCCUCGCGCGGAACUUUGAAAAGCUGCAAAAAAAUUGGGUUCGUGAUUCAAAUUGAAAGUUUUUUUAGUGCGAGAAAAAUUCUUUCUUUAAAAAAAUUCUCGCAAGUUGCGAAACUUUAUUCUCAUUUUUCUCGUGGUUUUUUUGGCUUCUAACAAUUUUUUUAUGAGUAUAAAUUGUGAACGAAAUUUCUAGCUGAUUCUGAUCAAAAAAUUGGUUUUUGUGAUGCAACUCUCUCGCAGGAGCAUAAUAGGCACCAAAAAGAUGGGAAAUUAUGAAAAUUUGACAGAAGAGCGUAGAAAUUUUGAGCGGUAUAUAAAAUCCACAGAUUCGCAACAAUUAUUUAACCAAUGGCUGUUUUUGUAGACUUGGGUGUUUCCUCGGCGUUGACGGCGCCGUCCUCGACUGUUUCGGGUCCGCGAUCCGUCUCUACGCGCUCGGUCGUUUCCUCGUCCAGUGGGAACGCAGAUCGUCUAUCCCAGGAUGUCGACCUUUCUCACAACCGCCACAGUAUCCAGAGCUCUGAUAGCGCCGAGGUCAGUCUUUACAAUUUUUCAUCUAAACACUUCCAAGGCAAGCCGAUAAUUUUUUUUUCUUUAUAUGGUUUUCUUUACCAAGUCUAGAGCUAACUCUUUUUUCAUUUCACUUUGCAAAGUGUACAUUUUUCUUCCAUAGUCGGUGAGAGAUUUUAAGCACGUAUAGACAUCUUCAUGUUAUGCUGCAGUUUUUUGGGUCAAAUGUUUUUUCAAUUCAAAGGUUUCAGAGAUUUUCGAAAAACAAAUAGUUCGCUAUUUUUGAAGUUUGUGUAUUUAGUAUUAAAUUGAAGUUUGAAAUCAUGAAGUUCGGUUAACUCUCAACCUUGGUUAGUCACGGUGAGGCUUUAUAGGGCAACAUUUAAAAAAAUUAUAGAUCUUGAAAGGUUUAUAAAAAUGUUCGACAAGAACUCAUGAAAUCAAAAAAACAAGAAAGUAGCUCUCGGCCAGAUCUUUCCUUGUUGUUGAUGCUAGAAAGAACGGUCAGAGCUUAAAAAUAGGCGCUGGACGAUCUGUACACAGCUCUUUACUCUACGUUAGUUGUAGACCCACUGACUCUUGUAGUCAUGACGAUUGGACUUGAAAAACGUUAGCAAUGAUCGGCAUGCAUCUCGUGUAUCAGCUCGGUUGUAAAGAAUGCACGAGGACAUCCCUGGGAGAUGACGGAGCGCCGGUGAGAACAGAGGAGAAACGCUGGAGAAAGCGUCUUGACUUUCACGCGGCCAAGAGUAGAUGCCCGCAAGCGCCUGUCGCCUGUUGCUCGUCGGCAUUUUUUGCGUCUCGUGGACGAUUUCUGUUCGUCACCUCACUCGGCUGCUUCCCUUCUGCCAAUUCGUCUUGAUCUUUCUGCCCUACCUAUGACACUGUCUGCAUAUUGAUUUUUCUUUUUCAAGAACACGCCUUUUGUUCUCGUGCACACUUCAACGCCCCUUCGAACCGUAAUUGAUGAGUUAUGAGUUUACGAAGAUGUUUCUGCUGUUUCUUGUCGAAGGUGAGCAUUUCUAUUUGUAAUGCCUUUUCUCAAUUUUUUCAAAUAUCCGACAAUCCCAAGCUCACACGAUUUUAGGUAGUGUUAACUUGGUGGGUCUUCUUUUGUCGAGCAAAGAAAGUCCUUUUCAAAAGAAUUCUUGAACGAGUUUACAUAUUCCUUUCUAGUUUUUGAAGUUAUCGAUCAGACGCCAUAGUUUUCAGCGUUCUGACAUAUUUAGUUUUGGUAUUUCCGUUUUCCUUGCUUUUCUUUUCUUUCUCAGCCACUUGCUUCGAUCUCUACUUUCCAUUCUCUCUGCGACCCUCCACGCUCUCUUCGGCACUCCCUGGAUCGUGCUCUAUUGGCGCUCCGCCUUUUCAAUAUCAGAGGUCCCAGUUAUCUGUCUCCUCUGUCUACUUCGACCUCAUCUGAAUUGGAGUUGGAGAUUCCAUCAUUUUUGGUCUUGGGUCACUUUUUGCGUUUUUUUAGUCGGCAGUAUUUUUCUUUCGAAUUCCAUCGAGGUCUAAGAGAUAUUGUUUGUUUUUUAGCCACACGUCGCUCGAAUUCAACAAACAAGAGCAGUUUGAGUACGUUGGCAUUUUCAAAGCGGCCGAAAAUAUAAACGUCCGAUAGGCUUUCCGAGUAGAAAUGCUCACUUAUUCCAAGUCAUGGCGCUUGCUGCGAGAUCGAACGGGCAAUCUUUACUCCCGAGCUCGCAACAAACUCGCCACUUCUUUUCGUGGUGGCACAAAGUCCAGUAACGUCGAAGGCUUUUCCGACAACGUGAGCGUCGUUUUCAGUUUUAUCCCACGAGACCAUUCAGUUUUUAUGUCUUUGAGCGUUCAUUUUUUAUAUUUCAUUGGUAUUUUCAUUUCGUUCUUCAUGAAUAGUCGAGAUGGUUGCAAAUUACCAACGUUUUGGAUAUCGACUCGUUCAUCGUCGCUCUUUUUAUCUGUUCUCUUCUUAAAAUUAGCACUAUUUUCCCGAAAUUCGGGAAAUAGGAAACGUCGUAUGCAUAAUUAAAAAUCUUAGUUCACGCAAUUAUCAAUUCUACCUAUUUCUGACCUUUUUUAUUGGAGAAAGAAGAUUGCGAUAGUUGAGAUUAUUUUUUUGUCAGUUUUUCUUUUCUUGAAUCCUCCCAGUCGGAAACAGUUAAUAACCGGGAAUCCAUGGAAAAAAAUCCGAAGAGAGAGAGAAAUGACCUUGAUUUUUUAUAGUUAAAAAAAACUUUUAUGAUAGGUUGGACUUGAGAUGGGAAAUUUUUUUAUUCAAUCGCGAUAAAUGUUUGUCCUUUGCAUGAGCGAUUUGCAAAAUUUUGACGUUUUCAAAAGUCGAGCAUUUUCCUUCCAAAUGUUUAUCGUAGCUUGCACUCUUCUCAUGAUUUUGGCAGAAACGAGCUUGGUUUAUGAAAAAAAAAAGACAUAUGGUUCUUGCGGGAAGGGCCACAAAAGCAGUGGAGUUUUUUUUCUUUUGGCACCGCGUAAUUUUGAUUGAAAAAAAAAACUUUGAAAAAAUUUGUUUGCUCCGAAAACCUUUUUUGUCGAAUGGAGAAAUGGUGAGAAACCAGGAUACUUCAAAAUCUUGCAACCCUUAUGAGUCCUGGAAUCGGACGCUUAAUCUUCUACAGGAUAAAUUUUGUAAUUAAAAAAAAUUUCCAUGUUUGCUCGAUAAUUUAAAAAAAUGGUGAAUUUGUGGAAAUUGAAGUUAGAAGUAUAAUUGAAACGAAAUUUGACAAUAAUAAAUUACUUUUCCUGUUUUUUUCAGCAAGCCUCGGAGGCAUGGUACGUGGUGUCCGACUUCGAAGGACAAGCCGAAGGUCACAUCAAGGUGUCCAAAGGAGAACGAGUUGAGGUUGUUGUUUUUCGAACUCUGAAACUGGGAUAUGUAACGUUAUUAGAAUUUUCCUUUCUGCUAUUCUGAAGUUAGAAACGAGAUCAGUGAGAAAGAUGAGUUCAGACAUGAAAUUGUUCGUUUACCCCAUUGAAGGUCUUAUUCCAAGUCUUUUAUUCGGUUUCAGCGUUAAAUUACUAGUUUUUGCUAGAUACAUUUUUCACGCUGAUAAUUUCAAGUGGUAUACAAUUUUUUUCCCUUUAUGAAUAAAAAAAGUUUUUCGCUAAACUGAUAAUAUCAGUCUGAUAUGGUUUUUUUUAAACCGGUCUGAAAUGAAUAAAGAACUCGAUUUGGUAAUAAAUCUGUGGGUAAGACUUGCCUAAAGACAAUGGGAGUUUAUUUAGAUAGUGGAAGAUCAAGCAACGGACUUUGCCGACUACGUGCAGGUGGUGGUUUGCGAGGAGCCGUCUCGUCACGGCCUCGUGCCCACUGCGAUUUUGGUUCCCGGUGAGUGGUUAUUCCAGGGGUUUUCCAAUUAUGCGAAAGGUGCCGGUCCCCUCUUGCAAAUUGUCACUUCUGCAGAGCGGCUCGUGAAAUGCGCUUUCUCAUUAGUUUUAAGCGCUCAAUUUUUCCACAUUUUCACUUGA